AUGGGUUUUACAUGGUUGCUUUGUUUAGUUUCUUGUAUGCUUUUAAAUCAUAUUUUUGUUACCAGAGUAACUAUAUGUAUUGAUGAGUCAGGGAAUUUCACAAGUAAUAGCACUUAUGAGAAGAACAGGAACCUCAUCCUCUCAUCUCUUGCUCUUAAUGUCACUCUACAUGAUGGGUUUUUUUACACUGCAAGUGUCGGCCAAGAGCCUGACAAAGUUUAUGCUCUUGCUCUUUGUAGAGGAGAUCUUUCUGCAGAGAAGUGUGUCAGUGGUGUCAGUUUUGCGGCCGAAGAUAUCAUGAGGCAAUGUUUGAACCAGAAAGAAGCAGUUGCAUGGGGGGAUGGUCCUCAAUGCAUUGUACGCUAUUCAGACCGUUCGAUUUUUGGAAAAAUGGAGGCGGAUCCCAUGGCUGGAGGCGGCUCUGAGACUGAUAUGACAAUGAACAUGACACAGUUUGAUCAGACUUGGGAGAGUUUGAUGAAUCGGUUGUUGAAAAAAGCUUCUACUGGCUCUAAUAAUUCUAGAAAAAAGUUCGCAACUGGAGAAGCGAGUUUGACUGACUUUGUGAAGAUUUAUGCACUUAUGCAGUGUACUCCUGAUAUUUCAGAAAGUGAUUGUGAUUCUUGUCUCCGUCAAUCUGUGGUUUUCUGUGAGACCCACUACCAUGGCAAAGCCGGUUGCCUUACUGUGAGACCUAGCUGUGUUUAUAAAUGGGAUUCGAGUCCAUUCUAUGUAGCCUCUCCUGCUGCUCCAUCCCCAUCUCCUCCUUCUCCACAGUUCACGCAUAAGGAAAUGAUCACAAAAGAGAAAGGAGGCAUUACAUCUAAGACCUUUUUUAUCAUCGUUGUUUCUACGGUUAUCUUCGUAGCACUUGUUGCCUUCACUUUUCUUUGCAGGAGAACAAGAAAGAAAAAGCGAAUGAUGGGAGACGAUGAUAAUGUGGAAUCCUUGCAAUUUGACUUCAGCACUAUCAGAGUUGCAACAAAUAAUUUUUCAAUUGAUAAUAAGCUUGGACGUGGUGGAUUUGGUGUUGUUUAUAAGGGUAGGCUUCUUGAUGGACAGGAAGUAGCCGUCAAGAGGUUGGAUAUAGGUUCUGCACAAGGAGAAACAGAAUUCAAAAAUGAGGUCCUCUUGAUGGCCAAACUUCAACAUAGGAAUUUGGUUAGACUUCUAGGAUUUUGUUUGGAAGGAAACGAAAAGCUUCUCAUCUAUGAGUUUGUGCCAAAUUCAAGUCUAGAUAACUUCAUAUAUGAUCCAACCCAACGUUUAUUAUUGGAUUGGGAGAUGCGAUACAAAAUCAUAAAGGGCACAGCACGAGGAAUUCUUUAUAUUCAUGAAGAUUCUAGGUUUCGUAUCAUUCAUCGUGACUUAAAAGCCAGCAAUGUUCUUUUAGAUAUUGACAUGACUCCAAAAGUUUCAGAUUUUGGAAUGGCAAAGUUGUUGGCAAUAGAUCAAACUCAAGGCGAUACAAGUAGAAUUGCUGGGACUUUUGGGUAUAUGGCUCCAGAGUAUAUAAAGUAUGGACACUUCUCAGCCAAGUCCGAUGUUUUCAGCUUCGGUGUGUUAGUCCUAGAAAUCAUGAGUGGUCAAAAGAAUAGUUCGUUUCCUACCGAAGAGGAACCAGAAGAUUUAUUAACCUACGCAUGGAGAAAUUGGAUUGAAGGUAAAGCUGCGAAUCUAAUAGACCCCAACUUGAGUGCUGGCUCCAAUAGAGAUAUGAUGAGAUGUAUUCACAUUGGGUUGCUUUGUGUUCAAGAAAAUGUAGCCAAUAGACCUACAAUGGCUUUAGUGGUUCACAUGCUCACUAGUGGCACCCUUUCCUUGCCAACACCAUCAAAACCUGCAUUUUUUAUGCACUCCAGCACAACGACAGAUAAUUUAGAAUCAUCGGCAUUGGAUCAAUCAAAUAAUUUCCAGUUUUCGUUGAACGAGGCUUCAAUUACUGAGCUUAGCCCUCGAUGA